ACAUCCCAGCUGGUCGUAGGCUCGGCUCGGAGCAGCGCCCUUAGCCUCUCUCAGGGAGGAGCUGGUGAAUGCUAGACGCCUUUCCCUCUUCUCCCGCCACGCCAAGAGAUAGGAAAGUCAGCGCUCGGUAAAAUCUUAUUGAUAUUCACAGUUCCAGGUGUAGUGGCUGAGCAGCAAGACACGCCAUCAUGCCCCACCCACAGGACCUGGAGGGCUUUGGGGUGGAGAUUGAGAACUACACCUUCAAAGAUAGACUAGACUGGCUUUUCCAUGUGAACUCCCCAAGUGAGAUAUUCAAGGCCCAGCCCACCUACUUCCUCUCUGAGUGGUCCUUUGUCAUCAUCGCCUUCGUCUCCCUCAUCCAUGCCUUCAUUGUGGGUGGCCGCUGGAAGUACAUGUGGCUGGGCUGCUACCUGCAUGGCCUCACCACAGAGAUGGUGUCCUUUUGGAUGCCGGACAUUGACAACUACUGGCACUCUCAGACCACAGUCAUAAUGCUGGGCCGACGCCUGCCAUUCCACAUCCCUCUCAUCUAUCCGUCCUUCAUGUACAACGCAGCCUACAUGGUGGCCCAUGCCAAACUGCCUCGAUGGGCUGAGCCAAUGGCAGCUGGACUAGUGGAGGUGCUUAUUGAUAUACCAUAUGACAUCAUGGCAGUCAAGUUUGUGCACUGGACUUGGCACGACACUGACCCCAACAUCUAUGACCGACAUUACUGGGUUCCUUGGAACUCCUACUACUUCCACCUCACAUUUGGCACGGCCUUCAACUUUGCUCUCCACUUCUGGCGCCGCAAGAUCACUGGCAGUGAUGACAAGGAAUAUGUAUCGAGCCCUGGCAAGGAGGUGUUGUGUGCUGCACUGGCCGGCCUGUGUGGCAUGCCAGGGGGAGUGCUGCAGUUUCUCUUUCUCUACCACCCCCUCCAUGAUUCUUUCGGCAUUCACACUGAGAAUUGCGUCAUCACUAUCUUGGUUGUCUACUUCUUGAUUGUGUGGACAGCUGACCGAGCUCCGGGGCUGUCAGCUCGCAGGCACAAAGCUGAGCGCCUGCACUGGUCUGUGGUGCUGGUGGUGUUCAACAUGGUGCUCCACUACGGGCUGUACUUUGGCAUGGCACUCUUUGGCUCUCCUGAGAGUGAGGUCUCCAUUGGUCUACAUGAGCGCACAGGUCCUUGUGAUGAGAAGACCAAGGUGUACACUGCCAUAGGAGGGGUGCUGGAAAGGAGGACCUACCUCUGCACUAGUGACUAUGAUGAGGGCUACUUUGACUUCCACUGCCUGCCGGGAGGGAAGCCAGUGAGCGAUGGCAAGGAGUGGUACACUAUCUGUGGCACACCUUUCCCUAACCAGGCAGAGUACAUAUCAGUCAUCGCUCUGGUGUGCACACUGGCUGCUUUUGUGUUCUAUAAUCUGCUGGCUUGCAGUUCUCGCACACUGUACUACCGCAAAACAAUCCUAAAGAAGAAGAAAACCAAGUGAGGUCUUCUAGAAUGUGUUUGUGGUUAUAUCACAUACACUCCAAUAUCAAAGAAAAUCUGGUGAGAUUCUUUUCACAUACAGCACACUGUUAAGACUAUGUGCAAUACUUCUUUAAUAUAUUACAUAAACAUACAUAACAUCUUUCUUUUAUGAUGGGUUGAAAUACAUUCUAUGUUGUACCUUUUCAACAAUUUAUGGAAUUUUAUAAAGUUUUAGAUAUUGAAA